AUGGCCUUCCGCCGCGCAUACGGUAACCUGAGGAGUCUAUACAGCAUCCCGCCCCCGGGCGCUGGGCCUUCGUUUGGGUUGACUAGACCGCAGUAUAAUUCUGUAAAUCUGGGCAGCCUCUACGCCCGCAGCAAGUUUAAGUUCCCGACUGGAUGGGCAUACUUUGAGGAUGGGUCUGUUUUCAUACUUCCCUUUGCGUGGUUCCCUCACGACAUCUUCGAAGCGCGCAUGAAGAUAGCUGCGCAGUUCAUAAGUGGGCCGACGCCGAAGAUGCAGGAGAUACAGCGAGAGAAUCCGCACAUGAAGCGCUUCAUCAUUAUCAAUAAGGACACAAGACAGUUACGCGAGAACACAUUCCGCAUUCUAGCUCGUAACGCCCAAGAUGGGCAGAGAGUGUCUGUCGCCGACCCGCCCUUCGAAAAUGUCGAACUGACCCUCGACCCCACCGAAAGCCGCCCGAUAUCCGCACGCUUCAACGACGCCCCCCAAUUGAAAUUCAAACACAGAUUACGGAACAGCGAGGCUCUGGAGACGUUUCGCGGUACAUUGGUCGAUGGCGUUCUACAGCCAAACGUCCGCCUGGGAAAUGGUCUGCGCUUGUCCAACAACCCGGAGAUGCUGAAGCCUCAAUUGACAGCAAAGAGGCGGGCGCGAAACCACGAGGCUGCUAGGCUUCGCGAAAGUGUCGGCUUGCCUCCAAAGGCACCUGCAAAGCUGCUGAAUGGGCUGGAUGUGCGGUCUUUAAGAGACCGACCUCUGCCCACGAGCUCGGACAGGCCUAAGCCAUUCCCUCAAACACCGCCUCGAGACCGCGACAUAGAGCUUCGAGAAGCCCAAUUGGCUGAAAGGGAGCGCGAUCUCAUUAGAUUACAGCAACAGCUCCUGCGGCAGACGAUGCGCCUCCAGAACUCUCCGCCGCGUCGAGAGCGACAUGCUCGGUCUCAGCCCCGCGACGACAAUUACACAAACACGUACCGAACACGCGAACCCAUCGAUGCACGCACGUACACGGAGUCGGAUACCACCGUUGCAGAUAUCGAAUCAAGGAGAAAGGCACUCGAACAAGAAGAAGAGCUCCUCAGAUACAAGCGCAAGGCAUGGCUUCUUGAACAGAAACUUGCCCAGACCACAGCACGUCCUCCGCGUAGACGCCCAGCUCGCCAGUAUGAUGACGAAGCCCAAGACUACGACGACACGAAAAAUUCUUCUGAGGUCCCGCCCGAACAAGAAGACAUACCCGAUGCGCAACAUCACGGUGACGCUUUGUCCGGUCACGACCUAGACAAUGCGUCGCCGACUGAAGCGCUCCAGAAUUUGCGAUCUCGCAUUCAGCUUCCUACGAGGCAAACGAUGCGGUCACAUCGGUCGUCCCGCUGA